AUUAUAUAUGAUUCUUACUUUAAGACUUUUGUUUUCAACUGUACUUUCACUCCUUUAAAAAACUAUCAAAAUGCCAAAAAAUAUGACUAAAAAUGAUCGUGACAAAUCAAAGAAUAUUCAAACAUUAAGAUCAAAUUCAAUUUCCUUCAUUAUAACUUCACAUCUUUCUCAAUUUCGACGCAUCCAUAAAAUUUUUCCUACCAACCUUUCUCUCGAAAAACUUUUGACUCCUUCUGAUACAAAACCUCCACGUAAGAAAUCAUUUUCAUUACGACCUCCAAAUGGAUUCAUUCUUUACCGAAAAGACGUUCAACAAGAAAUCAUGAAAAAUAAUUCAGAUGUGACAUUUAAAACAGUUUCCUCUAUUGCUUCAAAAAAGUGGAAAUGUGAAUCAGAGGAGAAGAAAAACUUUUUUAACUCCUUAUCAAGAGUUGCACAUCUUGUAUAUUUGGAUAUUUGUGAGAGUUACGUGGAACAAAAUAAAGAACGUAUAAAUUUUAAUCUUCAUCAAGUGGAAAAUUCUAAGAAAGAUUCGGAAAGACCAUGGAUGCAAUCUUCAAUUUUUCCGACUAUGCUAGUUUCACCUAAUUCUUCUCACGGUGAAAAAAAUGACGAAAUUGAAUUGCAAAAAAUUAAUGAUGAUAAGCUUGACCAAUCAUUUUAUGAUGAUUUCAUUAAAGUUCCAUCGAUUCCUCCUUCUUAUAAUAUUUUAGAUGUUGAUCAUCAUUCGUCUAUUCCUCCUCCUUCAAUUUUAAACACUAACGUAGAUUCUUCGAAUUACUACUUUGAAAUCCCAUAUAUACCUGAUUUUUUACUAAAUAGUAAUAGUAAUUUCGAUAAUAUGUAUCAAAUUCCUUCACAUGAUUCACAUGAAAGUAAAACUAUGCAAUUUGAUUAUGAAAAUGAUUAUUUGUAUAUCUUAAACAAUCAUAGUUCUUUCUUUAACAGUAUGAGUGACGAAACUUUAUAA